AAAAUUUCUAGUCAAACACACCAGGAAAAUCAGUAUGGCCGAAGCAAAAACGUUUACAUAUCCAAAAGCAGUGAGAGAAGAAAAAGUAACGGACGACUUCUUCGGUAUCAAAGUGUUUGACCCGUACCGAUGGUUAGAAAAUCCGGAAAGCGAGGACACCCAGCAGUUCAUCCAAGAGCAGAACGCCAUCAGUGAGCCGUACUUCGAAGAAUGCCCUUACAGGGACAAAAUCCGCUCCAGACUGAUCGACCUGUGGGACUACCCCAAAUUUUCGACUCCGUUGCUCAGAGGACAAAAGUACUUUCAAGUAAGGAACUCCGGGUUGGAGAAUCAGGGGUCUUUGUACGUCAGCGACGACCUCAAUAGCGAGGGCACGCUGCUGAUCAACCCUAACGACAUGUCGGAGGACGGUACCGUCGCUUUGUCUGACGUGGUCAUUUCUGAAGACAACAAAACCUGCGCCUACAGCUGCACCUCCAAAGGGUCGGACUGGACUGAGAUCAGGUUUAAGGAUGUGACCACCGGGCGAGACUAUCCUGAAGUCCUUACCAAAAUCAAGUUCUCCGCCAUGACCUGGAUGCACGACAACGUGGGGUUCUUCUACAGUGGAUACUUGAACCAUAACGGCACUGAAGGCUCUGAAACCACUCAAGUGACCAACCAGAAGUUGUACUACCACAAACUGAACACCAGCCAGUCUGAAGACGUUGCUGUCGUCGUAUUCGACAACCCAGAGUACGUCAUUGGGGCUAAAGUUUCUCACUGUGGUAAUUAUUUGAUAGUUGAGCCCUGUAGGGGGUGUAAAACGAACUUGUUGUACUAUGUCCAGUUGCCCAAAGACAUAAACGGAAUGCUCAAUUUAAUACCACUGGUGACUGAAUUCACUGCUGACUUCCACUACGUCACCAACGUUGGUACUAACUUACUUAUAUUGACCGACAAGAACGCCCCAAACAAGAAAAUAAUAUCCAUCGACAUGAAUAACCCGAAGGAAACCAAGUGGAAGGACCUAAUUCCUGAGACUGAUAACGUGUUGGUGUGGGCCAAACCCAUUCACAACGACAAAUUAGUGUUGUGCUACAUGAAGGACGUCAAACACGUGCUGCAGCUGAACGACCUAAACACCGGUGCAAAGCUGCACGAGUUUGAGAACGAAGUGGGCACGAUAGAAAAGGCCACUGGCAGGAAGAGCGACAGCCAAAUGUUCUACAGCUUCACCUCCUUCACCACGCCCAAAGUGGUGCACCGAAUCAGCUUCGAGUCGGACCAAAUAAAGGAUGAAGUAGUGCAGGAGGCCAAACUGGGGAACGAAUGUUUCGACGACAUAACCGUCCGACAAGUGUUUUACAAGAGCAAGGAUGCCACCACCAUCCCCAUGUUUUUGAUCCACAAAAAGACCCUGGAGCUGAACGGCAAGAACCCUUGCCUCCUGUACGGGUACGGAGGCUUUAACAUAAGCAUAACGUCUAAUUUCUCUUUGGCGAGGCUGUUGUGGGCUCGCAACUUCCGGGGGGUUGUUGCUAUUGCUAACAUUAGGGGUGGAGGGGAGUAUGGGGAUAAGUGGCAUCGAGCUGGGAGGUUUGAGAGCAAGCAAAACUGCUUCGACGACUUCCAGUACGCAGCCAGGUACUUGAUUGGCACCAAUUACACUUGUCCCUCGAAGCUGGCGAUUGAAGGAGUGUCAAAUGGAGGGUUGUUGGUGGGUGCCUGCAUCAACCAAGCCCCUGAACUCUUUGGGGCAGCUGUGGCUCACGUAGGGGUCAUGGAUAUGCUGCGUUUCCACAAGUUUACCAUCGGCUACGCCUGGAAGACGGAGUAUGGCUCAGCAGAAGACCCAGUCAUGUUCCCUCACAUCUACAAAUAUUCACCCCUGCACAACGUCAACAAGCCCUUGGAUCUUGGAGUUCAGUACCCAUCGACUUUGUUGCUCACAGCAGACCACGACGAUCGAGUGGUGCCCUUGCACUCCUUGAAGUUCAUCGCUGAGUUGCAGCACAAGAUCGGCGCCUUGCCCAACCAGAGGAACCCGUUGCUGAUCAAGGUGGAGACCAGCGCCGGACACGGAGGAGGUAAACCGACGACGAAGAAGAUCGAAGAGUUGACCGACAUAUUCUGUUUCCUGGCCAACAGUUUGAAUCUGGCGUUUUUCGAAUAACCACACGCACAAAUAAACGUAAACGUAUGUGACACAAAUUAUUUUUUUUACUGCCUUGUAAACAUCCUCAAAUCAGCCGG